CGAGUGGGAGAAAGAUCUCCAAAGCGCAAGAUCCGAUUUUUCCACUCCCGCCCCGCCUUACGCACUCUCUCUUUCCUCGAGCAAGCUCGCGACAAUGGCGUCGCCGGGGGCCAAGGUGUCGUUCCGCGUCCUCCUCGCCGUCGUCGUCAUCCUCGUCCUCUUCUACGUCGGCCGCCCCCUCUACUGGAAGAUCUCCGCCACCGUCCACGAGAUCCGCGAGAACAAGCAGACCGUCCAGCAGGGGUUCUCUCGGAUUGUGUACGAAGCGCAGAAGUCGGUCGGGUGGUUCCACGACGAAUCGGACUCCGGCGUCCGGGAGGACCGCCGGGCGGGGGCGUCGGCGAGCCGGAGGCUGCUUCGCGAGGUCAAUUCGCGAAAUUGAUCGGGUUUGAUCGAUCGAUCCGUAAGUUAUGUCGCGGAAACUGUGAGGUGGGUUAGUGACUGCAUUGUGGUGAGAUGGGGAUUGGUGUCUGGAUUACUGUAUCUCCAUACUUGUUUGGUGAAUUAGCUGCAAAAUUCGCCUUCGGCCUAGUCGGGUAUUAGGAUGUGAUGAUGUGCAUUCUAUGAGGGUGUCUUUAUUUCUGCAACUGGAAAUGGUAGCAGAGUGCUAUGCCACGUUGAAACUUUGUUUCUUAGGAGGAGUAUCUUCUGCAUUAUAUUGAUAUAGUUAAUUGGUGGACACGUGUUUCCGCUCGAAACAGUGCAAACUUGAUAUGCAUGUAUAUUCAAGUAUUUUGGUAUGUGGCCACAGAAGGAAACUUGUUGAUA